AUGUUUGCCCUGAGAUGCUUUACAGUAUGGAGGACUGUAUUGAGGUCAUCCUUGAGGAGCACAGCAGCAGGUGGUUCAGUCAUCAGCAGUGUCACCUUACUGAUCGGAUCUGCCUUCGCUGGAGUCUACAGACUCUGGGCCAUGUUCUGCAUGCCUGGACUGAGAGUCCCUUUCAGACUAAAGGUGCCAUUUUUACCUUCAACAAAAGAACAAACUCUAAAUGUUAUCAAGCUUCUAGAAGGACGCAAAGGCCAUCUGGCUGACCUGGGAUCAGGCGAUGGACGUUUGGCUUUUGCAGCACCGUCAAUGGGAUUUCAAUGCACAGGUUUUGAAAUAAACUCCAUGUUAUUGGCCUGUUCAAGGAGUAAAGCAUGGUGGCGUGGAGUACCGCACACUGAUAUUCAUUUUGUCAAACAGGACUUCUGGAAGACUGAUCUGUCCAAAUACAGAAACGUGGCCGUGUUUCUGGCUCCUGCAGUGAUGGGGGUUCUGGAAGAGAAGUUGUUAAAGAAACUUCCUGAGGAUGCCAGAGUCAUUGUGUGCCGUUUCCCUUUUCCUCACUGGCCCCACAGCUGCACUGCUGGAUCUGGAUUAAACCAGGUCUGGGCUUAUGAUGUCCACACUGCUAGAGAACCGUCCAGAACAUCUUCUCACCAAUCAUACGUCUGA